AUGGCAGCAGCUAAAGGUCGUGCCCAAAACGCAGCAUCACAACCAUCCAGCAAGACCAACUCAGGCCUGUCCACACCUGCGAAUGGUGGACUACCAGACGCGAGCACCACAGGCAAUUGGGCCGAUGAAGCAGAGAGCGUUGCUGAUCAAAAGAUGGAGAAGGAGAGAGAUCUACCACAAGAACAACCGCCCACGCUCUUGAAGGACAGCGCGGUAGAGCGUAUCAAAUCCCAAGAGUCGAAUAGCAAUGUCGCUUCUGGUGCAUCGUCCCUGGAUCUUGUCUCGUCAAGCCUCACGGACAAGACGGAUGACUCAUCUGCUGUCACCAGCGUACCUUCGGAUGCUACCUCUGCCUCAACCUGGGAAACGAAAUCCCAGGCGUCAGAAGGUGCAUGGAUAGCAGACCGGGAAAAGCGUCAACAGAGCUCAAGUCGAAGCACCGACAGCUCAGGCAAGGCCAGUACCGUGAAGGACGGCAAAGCCCAGCAAAAGGACGGGAAGGACGCUGCCCCCGCCCGGAGUGUGCAACAGCCACCUCCAGUUCUACAUGAUGCUCCAGCUCCUGCUGUUAACCCUUGGGCCAAACGCGCCGAAGACGCCAAAGCGAAGUCAUUGGCCAAGCCUGCCACUACGGACACCACCACCAAUGCACUAUCGCGAGUGGAUGCAGUGAAGCACGAAACGGCGAAUGAAGGGGCUAGAAAUUCGGCUCCACAGAAUGAGCAUAAGAGGUUGCAUGAGGGCAAGCGGUCGAACGAUUCGAGAAGCAGUGGCCGUCAAGGCUCCAGGCCAGGCUCCGAAAACUCACGAGCGGACGUAGCCAACGGUAGACCAGUGCAGCGAGAACACCAGAGCUUGCCCAAUCUUACUGCAGUAGCUCCGCCGCCACCGAAUAGCGAUGAGAGCUCAUGGCCCACUCCUGAUAUCGCGCAACAUGACUCCCGCAAAGAGUCAUCGGCGGAGAAAGAUACGAACGAAAUGGCCGAUGGUGAAAGUGUCAACGGCGCAAAGCCUCGCGAACGCUCAAAGUGGACUGUCUUCCCUGUCACCCCAACAAUCAAAUGGGAGACUGAAGAAAUGAAUCGCCCACCGCGCGAACGUACGCGAGGUGGAGGAAGUGGCACGCGAGGCCGUGGUGGCUUUCGUGGAACCCCUAACGGAUUUAAGGACGGUGGGCGCGGGACUGCACGAUCUCAACAUUUCUCUGGCGAGGUCGAGGAGAACUCGGCUGGUGAUGCCGGUAGAUUAACGGACGAGAACCGGGAGGGUGUGUCUCCACCGGUCCGAUCAACACCACAGCUAUCCAACCGCAUACCACGCACCGGGUCGCCGAGAUCGCAGGAACCCAACUCAUCUCAAGCGUCCGCUGAGACAAAAGCGACUGGAUCGGCAGCGCAAGUGACAGGAUCACCUGAUGACGUGCGUGAAGCUGGCCUUCAUGGUGAAAAUGCCAGCCGCAGGGUAGCUUCGGACAGUCGCCGCGAGUCACGAACAUACGAAGGCCACAACAACAAUAAGGAAUGGACUGGAAGUACCCGAGGCUCGAAACGAGGCGGUCGCGGACGAGGCGGAUCGCGCGAGUUCUCGAGCGGCCACCAAGCCGCUCCAGCUUAUCCUCAUGGGAACAGCGACUUUGCUGGCAACGGCAACUUUUCUAUUCCCCCGUCACCCAGCAUCUAUCACAGCCCGAGAGGGGGUUUCGGAUUCCCGCCCGCUAACCGUGGCGGAUGGCGAGGCGGACCUCGGGCUCACUCCAUUCCUGUCGAGAACAACACCUUUACAGGUCAGCGAUACAAUCCUUACCCACAUCCUGGACAGGUUCCACCACCGUUGCAGAACGCCUUCUUUACCCCAGUGUAUGAACCAGUCUACAACAGCGUGCCCAUGAGUGCCGUCCCGUAUGCCCAGGCCAUGGACCACCAGUACUUGCUAGGGAUGGUCAGCACCCAAUUGGAUUACUACUUCUCCCUCGACAAUCUGCUCAAGGACACUUUCCUACGCAAGCACAUGGAUUCGCAGGGAUUCGUGUUCUUCGAUGUGAUUGUCAACUUUCCUCGCGUCAAGAACCUUUCGCCUGAUCGAGAUCUGAUCAAGGCUGCUUGUCUCAAGUCCGAAAUAAUUGAAAUUCGGGUUGGUGAAGAUGGCAAAGAGCGGUUGCGAAAGCGCGAAGGGUGGCAACAAUUUGUGCUUCCCAUGGAUCAACGAGAGAGCACUUCCCGAAACGAUGGUCCCCAGGUGCUUCAGCGCCCCGAGGCUCCCCAGCUCCAGCCUUUCUGGCAAGCGAAUCCAUCUAUACAGUAUCGUGGACCUGCAUCCGCCGGGCCAGUCCAGCGCGCGUCAUUUGACAUCCCGCCCUAUGCGAUGAACGGCAUGGUUCCGCCGUUCUCUCCCUACCCUCACGACCCUCAAGACUCAGCUGUGUUUGGCGAAGGCACUGAGGAGUUGUUGCGUGGCAGGACCAUGAAGCCAUCCGCCAAAGAUUUCCACGGAUUCCCAGGCCAGCAACCAUUUGCAGAUGCAAGGCAAAGCGAGCCAGAUACAUUUCUCGACCAGAACGUCAAUGAACUGAACGUGAUCUACAAACCGAAUCCAAAUCCUGGUCGUGCUCCAUUCCACUCCUCAUCUUCGCGAACUUUCUCCAAUGGGUCUAUCGACACGCGCAACAUCGCGUCCGAGAUCGAGAAGCUGUCAGAACACCCUGAACCUGCAACGACGAACGGAAAUACGGCGGUGAACGGAGAUGCUGAGCACCAAGAUGCUAGCGCCGCGUCCAACGCGAUCGAGCCCGAAGUGGUGGAUAAGAAUGCUGAAGUCAUCUUCCUGUGGCUUAAAGAUCAGGUGAUCCAGCAGGAGGACAUCCCGAAGGGCACGCAUGUGCAACCCUACAUUGCACUUCGCUCAGAAGCUCUUGCUCAACGCGAAAGAGGCGCUCCGGGCACCUGCCCGCACGAUCUCGACAUCCUCUACAAGUUCUGGUCUCACUUCCUGAUUCGCAAUUUCAAUGCCCGAAUGUAUGCCGAGUUCAAGUUUCUUGCAAUCGACGAUGCGCGUGUCCGCGACAAUACUAUCGGGCUGACACAGCUCGUCAACUUCUACGUCAACGCCCUCAAGAGCAACACCCAUAUUGUCCGCGAUCUUGUCGUUGCCGACUACAUUGACUUGGUUAAGGAUCAACCGCCGAAUUUCCAGAAUUAUGCAUUCAAGCAACUGCGUCAGGCAUGGCGUGAUGGUGCUACAAAUCUCAAGAACCGUAAGAAACUGACGCAAUACGUUGACGAGCCCUUACGGGCACAGCUUGAGUCCUGA